GUUAACGCGAUUCAAGUGUGCGUGCUGUGUUUCGCGAGUUUUGUGUGGAACAAGGAUUGGGCCGCUCCCAUUGGCCGAGCCGCGUACCACGUGGUCGGGCAGUCACGCGCCUUCCAGGAAGUGACAAAACAAAACAAAAACAAGAGCGAGAGAGCGAGCGAGGAAAGGACAAGAACAGAAAAGAAAGAUACGACAGCCAGCAGCGGUCGUCAGGACUCGUACCGACGCUGCGAGCCGGACAAGUUUCGCCGCGACGCCAGCGCGGCUCGCCCGGAAAUCGUCUUCGAUCAGGCGGAUAGGAGUGCCGACAGCGAGUCGCCGCCGCCCCCGAGCGCCCUCGCACCGCCGGGACCGGACUCCGGGCCCAGAGGUUCCCCGCCGCUGGAGCGCUAAGCUGUGCCUUGCGAUGCCUCAGCCCAGCGCCAAUGGGAUGGAGCCUCCCUUUGGGGACGACUUUCAGCACUUCUCCUUUGCCGACCAGGCGCUGACCAGCACCGAGCUGCUGGCCAACACCUCCGACCCCGACUUCAUGUACGAGCUGGACAGAGACACGGGUCACCGACAGACCCCGUACGGCGACGGCGCGGCGGGCGUGGCCCACGGCGCCAAGGAUCGUGACGCGGGCGCCGAGCAGCAGCCGACGAUGGCGCUCGGCGAGUGCGACGCGGCGCACGCCGGCUCUGCGUUUGAGCAGUGGGACUCGUACUGGGAGGACCUCACCAGGUACACGCGUCUGACCAGCUGCGACAUCUGGGGCACGAAGGAGGUGGACUUCCUGGGCUUGGACGACUUCUCCAGCCCGUACCAGGACGAGGAAGUGAUCGGCCGGACGCCCACGCUGGCCCAGCUCAACAGCGAGGACUCCCAGCCCGUGUGCGAGGCCCUCUACCCCCCCGCGGAGCCGACCCCGCCCGGCCCCCAGCCGCCGCCGGCCCCCGCCGAGCGAGCGCCGCUCCCGGGCUGGGGCGCCGGCCUCGCCCGGCCCUCGGCCGGCAGCGCCUCCUCGUCGCGCCCCUCCCGGAGCCUCCUCCCGGACUUCCCGGAGGGCUUCCAGAAGGCCACCCGGCCGGUCCCCUCCAGCACCGAGACCAUGACCAAGACUCAGGCGCAACCGCGUGCCGCCCGGGACCGCGAGCCCUCGGGCGAAGCUUCCGAGACGGCGGCUCCGUCGGCCAACUUGGACUUUGUGCGGAAGGCCAAAAUCCGCCUGAGCGCUCACAGAGCCCGGGCGGACUCCCCUUCGCGUACCCGCUCGGAGAAGGCGGACGCCCCCCCGCCCCUCCGGCGUGCCGCCUCGACGGCGCCGCCCGCCGGCUUCGGCGCCGGGAAGUCCGCCGUCGCGCCUCCGCCCGAAGAUGUUCGCGCCGCCCCAGAGGGCGGGGCCCCGGGGCCGAGGAGCGCCGGCGGCCCGGGCGAAGAGGACAAGAGCAAAGAGGAAGAGCACAACUACUCGUUGUUCCUCACACAAAGCCGCCAGGCCACCGGGAGCCUCUCGCAGCCGGAUGAAGACGAGGAAGAGGAGGAGGACGAGGACGAGGAGGAAGACGAGGAGGAAGACGAGGAAGGCGACGAGGGCGACGGGCCGGAGCUGGACGACGAAGACCGCGACGAAGGCUUCGGGAGCGAGCACGAGCUGUCCGACAACGAGGAAGAAGAGGAGGAUGAGGAUGAGGACUACGAGGCCGACAAGGACGACGACAUGAGCGACGCCUUCUCCGAGCACGGCGGCGACGCGUCCCUCCCGGAGGACGCGAAGGGCUCGACGGCGGGCGCGUCGAGCCGCAAGCGAGGCAAGCGUCGCUACUUCUGGGAGUACAGCGAGCAGCUGACGCCAUCCAAGCAGGAGCGCCUGCUGAAACCUUGCGAGUGGGACCGCCACACUCUGCCCAGCAACUUGUACCAGAAGAACGGACCCCUGCACGGAAAGUACGCGCUGAAGAAGUCUCGGCGGACCGACGUGGAGGACUUGACCCCCAACCCCAGGAAGCUCCUGCAGAUCGGCACCGAGCUUCGAAAGCUCAACAAGGUGAUCGGAGACCUGACGCCCGUCAGCGAGCUGCCGCUCACCGCCAGGCCGUGGUCGCGCAAGGAAAAGAACAAGCUGGCGUCCAGGGCGUGCCGUCUGAAGAAGAAGGCGCAGUAUGAAGCCAACAAGGUGAAGCUGUGGGGACUCGGCACCGAGUACGAUCGGCUGCUGUUCGUCAUCAACGCCGUCAAGGAGGAGAUCGUGACCCGCGCCGACGACUCGAACCCCGGCGCCGGCGGCGUGAGCGACACGCUGGACAGAAUCAUCCGGGACGAGCUCGUGUCGCCGCCUGUCGCCGGGCAGACUUCAGACUUCGUCAACAAGAUCUUGGAGAACACGGGAUGCGGCGACCCCACCGGCGGGCUGGUGGGCCUGCGGGUGCCCACCUCCAAAAUGUAGACGGGCGGGCGCUCGGGAGGCCGCCCCUCUGCCCCCCUUAUAACCACGCCCCCUUUGCAUGCCCCUCACGCCCGAAGUCCAUGCACCUGUGUCGACGCGCGCCCGGCUUCCCGCCCCGCCCCGUCUUACGGCGCGCGCCCCCUCUCGGGCCGGCCGUGAUGCGACAGCGCGGAGUCCCGUCGCCCGCCGCCCGCCGCCUCGACCGUUCCACAGCGGAACAGGAAGUAGUUUGGUGCUAGUUGUACGUGGGCGGGGCGAAUCGGGCGUUGGACCGCGAGGAGGAAGGUGAAGAUGAAGCUGGCUCCGCCCCCUUCUUGUACAGUAGACGUGAGUGGGUUCAUGCUAGUGUUACGAGUGAUCCGAAUCUAUUCAUUGUGCCUUGUGUGUGGGUGCGUGACGGCGGGAGAAAUAUUUGUGCGUGCGUGGAAAGACGUGAUGUGUUCAAAGAUCUUGUAAAUGUGCGUAAAUAUGAGAGCUCUGCUUGCGCGAUGCCACAGAGUCACUGUACGUGCGUAUGCGUGUGAGUGCGCGUGUGUGCGUGUGGGAGGCCUCUGCAAUAGAUGACCGUUGCGUGUUGGUACUCUCCGGGUGGGCGAGGCUGAGAGCUCGUUUUGCGUUACAAACGAAAUAUUUGCACACUCUUAAUCUAUUUUCAUUGAUUGUUUUUGUACCAAAGACAUGCAACAAAAUGGCGAGCUAGCCAGGCAACGUAAGGUUUUGCACAGCUUACAUGAUGCCGUAUUGAAUGUAGAUGUGGGGGGAGGGGAAACGGGGGGGUCCGAGGGACCCCAAUGGAACUGUGAAGCUCGUCGGGUCCACAAAUGGAACAUUUCCUUUUUCAGUCCACGUUACGAGCUAACUGCGCGAAGUGCGCUAACUCGAUAAGCUACCUUUUUAUUUGGAAACGUCACCCGCACGAGAAGCAAAACACUCCCCGCCCCACCCGUGUUAUGUCCUGGACUUAGUCGUCAAAAAUUGCGGCGCUUCCGCUUCAAGCGAGCGUGUCACCUUCCGAGGCGGAAAGCUGGACGUGCGCAGGCGGGUAAACGUCCGAUCGGCACGUGCCCGCACGGACCAAAGGAAAGGAAAAGGCCGCCGCUUCCCUCGAUUUGUUUUCACCGUCGCCAACGGUUGGAAAGGCGCGAACCACAUCUUGAGGAGGCUUUCUCCAACUUUUUAGGUCCAGGGGACCCCCCUCAGAAUCCAAACGCCAAUUAAACAUAACUACUAUGAGGUAAAGGCCAGAGGAGUUAAGAAGCCGUAACGUUACGAUUCCAAAUCGUGUUUUUAGAGGAAAAAAGUUGUAAUAUAUGGAGUCAUAUUCCACGCUUGUGAAUAUUCUCGUCCAUGCAAGUCAUUUCAUUCUAAGGGCGUUGAAUCGCUCGCAACUGGAUCGCAAAUCAUCUUUCCCGCUGCAAAAACAUCCCAAAUUCAUUUUGACCAUGUUUCAAAAACAAACAAAAAAGCCACUCAAGUGUUGUCGUUUAUGAAAACACAAAGUAAUAAUACGAAGAAUGAAUAGCCUAGAAAAUAAGUCAUCAUUUUAUAGGGAAAAAAUAAUGUCCUUGAAAAACAAAAAAAAAAGUCAGACUGUUACAUGAAAAAAAAGAAAAUUGUAGUUUUAAUAUUUGGACAAAAAAGCGACAGAAAUCCAAAUUUUCUAAUAAGAAAGAACACGGUUGGUGCCUUGAGAUACGAGUUUACUUAGUUCCAUGACCACGCGCGUAUCGCAAAACAAUUGUAACUCAAAUCAGCUUUCGCUGUAGAAAUGAAUGAAAUGCAAGUAAUCCGUUUCAGACCCCCAAAACACACCCAAAAUUUCUUUUCAAACAUGUUUUUUUAAUAAGACAAAUUGCACUUAAAAGUCGGAGUCGGCGCCGAGUACGUCCAGCUUUCGCGUCUCCUUUGCAUUGGAAAAAUACCCCAAGAGGUUGUGCUUCUAUUUUUGUACUUUUGCUUGCUCGCCGGCGUUGAAGGUUUUGACUUCGUGGCGAGCGGCAGCAAACGCGGACAUUCCCACAGAUUUCAGCAUGCGCAGAAGCAUCAAGUUGACGUUCCAGAAUGUUGUUUUUCUGCCACAAAAGUCUGCUUAAAGAGCAGAAUGUGCUACACGUACAUACAUACAUAUUAAAUAUAUAAAUAUUUUAUAUUUCUACCGAUGUGGUUCCGUCUAAAGAAGGGAGAACUUGGUGCUCUUUGGAAUGAUGAUCCAAGAUUCUUAUUUGACUCGCUUUCCACUCCCGUCCAUUUCCACUUUUGUAAAUAGUCAAAAACUUUAAGUGUGCUUGAUAUCUACACGAUAGAAGAGUCUAUAAAUAUAUAUAUAUAUAUAUAUAUAUAUAUAUGUAUGUGUAUAA